CUGCGCACACAAAACAAACGAGAAAGGACGAAAAUGGACGAGAAAAAACCGAUUCGUCUGCAUUUCUGAAGAUUGAAUUAUUGCGAUAAUUCUUAAUAGAAUUAUGUAAAAAAAAAAAGAGAAGAUGAGGAGAAGUGCAGAUUAUCGAAAAAUAUGAGAAGGUGUAAGGAAGUUUAAUUAUGAAGGACAGGAAAGACAAACUCAAAGCCAAAACAUGGGAGCGAGACAGAAGGCAGCGCAUGGACACGUGUUACAAAACGUUAGCAGACCUUUUGCCGCCCCAUCAAGAAGGAAGAAAACGAAACAAAGUCGAGAUUCUUCUCCAUGCCACAAAAUACAUCAGAGAACUCCAUAAUCGUACUGAUGAAUUAUUUUGUGCCCGUGGUACAACUGCACAUAAAGAAGAGCUGGCGCGACUGAAAAAGCUGGUAACACAGUUGUUAUCAUACAUAGAACUGUUAUCUUCUCUUUUAAAAGAUGCUGGUAUCACUGUACCCGACGAACCAGCAUUAGAAAAAAUCUCGCCAAAACUCUGGUCCAAUAAAAUUACCACAGAUGUGACUGAACGGUACAUUAAAGAUCAAAGUAAAAAGGAUGAGAAAAUUAAGCAGAGGAACCAGCUUAGGUCGAGUUCGAAGAAGAACUCGAAUUCCACUCCUAAAUCUUCUGAGAAGUCUUCCGUCCGUAAAUGCUUCGUUGAAAAUGACAAAGACACCAUUGAGAAUCAAGAAAAUUGUGCAAAUGAAACUUCAAACAAGCAGGAUUCCAAAGGUAUCAACAAGUCGACUUCCAGCACAUUAUCAGUUCAACAGCAAGAAGAUAUGGCUGUUACCUCAGCAACUGAUAAUGUCUCAUCAGCAAAAAAAGCUACUAAACGUAGAAAUCCCAAAAGAGGAAAGAAGGAAAAUGUUGAUAAUAAGAAAUUGUCAACUAAUGAAACAAUUUCAAAUCUUCCUGCAAGGGCUCUCGUUUUUUCGGGAACGAAAUUAAUGCCCGUUGUGACACCCAUGCCACAAAUAGCUUCAAAUAUAGUAGUUAAUCAGCACCAGUCCACAAAUCCCUUUAUCUUCAACAAUGGUCAACAGAGCCAGAUGAUAGUUAAUCAGCAUUCCGCCACAAGUCCCAUAAUUUUGAGUAAUACCCAGCAAAAUCAAAUGCUAAUGAAUCAGCAUCAACAUGCCAAUUCGAUCAUUUUGAACAAUGCUCAACAAAAUCAAAUGAUCGUCGUCCAUCCUCUGCAGACGAAUCAAGUUCCAAACUCUGUUAUUUCCCUGCAAAAUCGAGCCGUUGUCACUGCUGUUCGAAAUAUUAUUCCGAGUGUGCCGAAAAUUUCCAGACUAUCGAGUCUAUCUAAACUUGCGAAUGUACAAACUCUGCCGAAAGGUGUCACGCGAGAUGAUAUAGCGAGCUUGAAAAGUAUCGCUGAUACUUCUCGAAUAGGAGGCCAUAAAGCAAUUCUGCCGAAAUCUGCAUUCACAAAGGCAAUAACUAAAACUACGAUGACCUAUAAAGUUCCUAUUCCUGCGAUUCGUAAGGAAAAAGUAGAGAAAAUUGUUGAAACUAAAGAGAUGGAACGAGAAGAACGAUCAAAGGGAAAAUCGUCGAAAACGAGGCAACAAAAAAGUUUUGAAAAGGAGAAAAAUGAGGAUGCAAGUGCCGAUAAGGUUUCGUUAAAACGCUCAGCUUCAUCUGAUAAGACUAAAGAACCCGAAGACAAAAAGCGAAAGAAAGAAAAUGCAGAGAAUGAAAAAUCUGUGCAGGUUAAAAUAACGAGUAUAGUCGAAAUUCCCUCGUCCUGUAAAACAAUAGGAAAUAUUAAACAGAUGGUGGAAGAUAUAGAACGAGAUUCAGAGAAAAAACAAAACGAAGUUCCUGCUUCCGCAGAAAAUAGAUCAGGUAAUAAAAAUAUUGAAUCAGAUAUGAUUUCUAUGACUAUUGCUAAUGUAAAGAGCGCAGAUAGUUUAAAAUCGAGUGGUGAACUUAUAAAGGAAACAUCAGAAAUAGAAAAUAAAAGUAAAACAGGAAAUCAGUCUCAGAAUCUGGAAGAGUCAGUAGAACCUAGUAAUCAUGCUUCCAUUUUGGAAGAGGCUAUCAAUAUUACUGCGGAAGUUCUUGCAGUAAAGGAAACUACUUCAUCGCUCUCUGAGUCAUCAAUGAAAGCAGUUGAUGAUCAAACAAUAGAAGAAGCAAUAAUAACGGAAAGGUCGAAUGAAGUAUGUGAUCUUGAUGCAGGAUUUGGAAAUCUUUUGCAAAAUACAGUUGAGUCUGGAAUCUCCGACGAAGGAGCAGCAACAGACAAUAAAAUUUUGUUGAACCUUGACACGAACAUAACAACGACUAUGGAAUUGGUAUCAAAUGAAUCUGUAAAUCCUGAUCCACCUACUUCCGAAUCAUUGCCUUUACCGAAACAAAAUGAAACAUUAAGAGAAUCUCCUGAAACGUCUAAAGAAGAGGAAUUAAAAACUCUCUCCUACAAUUCAAGCAACGGAUUCAUCCCAAUAAGUAGCAAAUCAGAAACACUUCAUGCUGAUUUAUCGAAUGACAUUUUCGCUUCUCUUCAAGUUCCUUCCAGCUCCCACAAUCCGGAAUCAAUAUCACCAACGGCCGCUUUCUUGAUGGCAUUCCCCUUAGUGUCUUCCCUGAGUGGAAAAACGGAAGUAUUGGAAGAGGAAAUGAAAGAAGAUUUUAAAUAUCAAAGUCAGACUCCUCCAAUGUUGUUACAAAUCGGUGCAAUGGAGCCAAAUAGUUUUAAAAUUAAGUCUUCACUAGAAAACAUUUCAGAAAGUGUUAAAGUGAAAAAAACAGAAGAAAAGUCUUCAGUUGAAACAAUGAAACCGCUUCCAAAAACGAUUGAUACUGAAACUCUUAAAGAACCUUUCAAAAUACCUAGUAUUAUCGAUCAUUUAGCAACGAGGACACUUACAGAUGUUGCUAAUUCCUUUCCUGAAAAUACUAUUACAAAUAUAUCAUCUGCAACUGUUAGCUCUGCGGAUAUCAUCAAUAAUUCUAAUCCAAUGGUGAAUAUAAACGAAUCGUCACUAAUAAGCGAUGUUUCCGCGAGUGAAAAAAAUGACUAUGCCAAUCAAGUUAAACCCCAGUCCAAUUUAAAUUAUUCGGCAACCCCGAAAAGCGAUAUUUUGACAACUAGUAGUUGCACAACUUUAUCCACUUCAGCCAAAGGUUUAAAUUCUACAAAAUACGAUUCUACUCCUCGGUAUUUAGUGUCUCAAGUGAGCCAAACAGAAUCUACCAAAGACAGUUCUAUUCGAAAUCCUCAUUACGAAUUUCAAUCGGAUGUGACAACUUCAAACGCAAGUGCAUUCAAUCCAAGCGAACCAGAAGAAUCAUUUAUGACAAGUAAUAAAGUUGCAAUUUUCUCAAGUGCUUCCGAAGUCACAGAAAGAAUUCCUCCUGUAGAGAAGCUGCAAACUUUAACAAGUUCUCUGGAACAAAAGGAUAAAAUGGAAACUCAAAGUCUGAACUCGCUGAAUCAAAUUUCUCAGAGUUCACAACAUGUUCAGAAAAUUACAGAAGCGAUACAGAUAAAUCUUGAAUCCUACAACACAAGAGAUUCAGACACUUUCAAUACAAUGUUGGCACAAAGUUGCCCCUCGAAAAUCACUCAUCCAAUUACUGCAAAUCAAGCCGGGAAGAUCCUGCCAACCCUCGCGGGUUCCCAAAACACUAAUAAUCGAGAGAAUCAUAAUUGCAAAUCUGCGAUUUACAAUCCAACAUCAAUUUCAUUUGACACUCGUUCAAUUUAUCACUCAAGUGCAGAACCUUUCUCUAACUCUUCCGAAAAUCAUAGAAUUUGUGCUCUUGGCAAGGUAAUGUCCACAAUUCAAUCUGAAACGCCAAGCCAAAAAUCGUCAAACGAAAUGUAUUCAACCAAAAAGGUGGAAACGAAUCAGCUAGAGCAGAAUGUUUCAUACGAAUGUAGUGAUAAGAGCAAGAAUACAUUGCUUGAUACGAAGAAAACAAAUCCAAACAAUACUGAGCCUGAUAUAAGAAAUAAUAUUUAUCAGAGAAAGGAAGAGCCAUCUCCUUACAUUAUUCCGUAUGAAAAGAGUGGUAAGAAAAUGGUUACGAGUGAAGCUAACAUUCUGAAUGAUAAAGUUACUUCCAUUCCAAACUCGUAUCCUCAGCAGCAACAAUCAUUCAUUGCGACCUCGAAUUACGAAGAGAGUGCUCUUUCUAGAACUCAGUCGACUACAACAGUUGCACACAAUACUUCCAAUUUCAGUAUUCUCUCCUGGACAACUUUCUCACCCGCCAGUGGUGGUAAUAAUCAAUUUGAACAAGGAAACCAGUCGGAAACUAGCCAAAAAACGAUUUGCGAGAACUUUAAUUAUCUGCCUAUCCACAAGGAAGGUUUCGCAAACACUAUACCUGCCCCUCCCUAUCCAGAACUACAGUCUUCUGGUUUUGAUAAAUCAAGAGCAAAACAGUCGCUAGAGAUGCAGAAACGAUCCUAUCUAGAUGCCUCGAAAUCUCGAAAUGUUAGAUCGAUUCCUGUAUCUCAAAAACAGAGUCGAUCGCAGACUCAAUCACAAAUUCAGCCACAAAGUCAGUCACAAAAUCAGAAUCCGGUGCCAAAUAGCGAGUACAAGUAUGAAAGUGAUAAGAAUAAAAUCAAAUACUCUGCAGAUCUUGACUACAUUCAGAAUAAUUACGGAGGUAUUGAUACACGACAACAACAACAUGGAUCGAAAGCUCUUUCUCAAACAAUACCUCCACCCAAGCAAGACAAAACAAAUUACAUGAUGCCCGACUAUGGAAUUCAGACCCACUUUGAUCCAGAAUCUCAGCAAACAAGAUACAACGCUGAGAUUUACAAUUCGAAUUUUAAGUACGUGGAGAAGCCGCAACAUCAACAAAAAUAUCAACCUUCUAGCCAGGCGAAUAUUCUCCAUGAUAACACGAGCUACAAUUCUGGUAAUAAACAGGGACAGCAGCAACAACAGAGUUCUAUUAAAGCAAAGCCUCAACAUCAGCAGCUUCAGCAACAGCACCCUGUGCGCGCCCCUGUAAAUUGGAUGAUGACACCAGAGAUUAAACACAACUCGAAUAUCACGGACAUUAUUCUACCACCCAUUGGAAAAGAAUUAGACUUUUGUCAAAACAAUCUCUUUUCGCAAACUCCCACCUACAAUCAGAGCACGUCGAAUCAAUUUUAUAAUAACUAUGAUGUCACUCCUCAUGGUUUUCCCAAUUUACCAGUUCUGCCGAGUGAUCCGAAAAGAGCUAUGGAACCGACCUUCUAUCCCGAAGAACAACCAUUCUCCUGGUCUCCAACCAAAAAUAUAGCUCAGAAUGUUGAACAGAAUCAGGCUCUGAAGUCUAUCGAUCAUCAAGUCGUUCCCUCAACUCUCCCGACGCUGGUGGGCGAUCUAGCGUUGGGAACCAACCUUCCGGACAAGCAGAACUUCCUCUUUGGUCAGAUGCCCAUCAGAGGUUCGAAUAAUGAACAGACCAAAGACCCUUCGAAGGAGAAAGAACCUGGCAGAGAGUUCCAAACUAUGCUAAACACACAAAAUGUUCAGCAUGCUGCUCAAGGCAUGUCCUUUUUGUCAGUCAGCCAACUUGUCGAACACGAAAAAGCUGAAAAGAGUCAACACCCUCUACACAAUCAGCAACAGCAACCGAGAAAGCAUCAAAGAAAGAGUAAUACCAGUCCCAGGAAUAGUGCUAAACGACAAAUAGAUAUAAGAAAGCAGCCUCCUAAUGAACAACUCCAACGACACGAGGAACACAAACCCACCAGCUUCGCUGAUCAGAAUUACCAACAGCAACCCAAGUACCAGCAAAACGACAAUCACUGGCGAAGUAGAAACUGCAAGAGUAAUUAUACAGCCGAGGCUUUAAUUAGCACUAAUAACAGUGUCGAUACUAGCAAUCACGACAAGAAUUCUGCAAAAUAUGCAAACUAUGGGCAAAACAAAUUCCCUGGUAGCCUAUCUUCCACUGAUCCAAUGAUGCCGAUCAACUACUUUCCGAGUGUUGAUGACACGAGUGGAUAUGGACAAGUAAACCAGAAUUUUAAUCACUCCUACGGUUACUCUUCAAAUGCCAACAUCUAUCCGACGACUAAUUUCAUCACCAGUAUUUCUAAUACGCCAACAAAUUAUAUGAUGUCUCUCCAUGAGAACUCGGACUAUCUGGAAGCCAAUAAUUUCCUACUGCCACCUACGAGCUCGAAUAUAACGACACCAGCUCUCGCAAACAUGAGUUCUAAUUCGAAGAAUCAUCAGCAUAUUGCCGUUAGCAAGCAUCAGAAUUGUGAUAAACGAUUGUACCCGUCAGUGCAGAAAAAAGGGAAGCGCAAGACUGAUGGGACUGUACAGAAUUUUGAGUUUCCUCUUUCGGGUAUAACUUCGCCGUUGGAUGAGUAUCAUCAUACAACCCAUUUUCUUCCACCUCAUGCUAAUCCUCUCUAUCAGAAUCAUCCGCAAGCCAAUGUUUAUCCGAAGGCGAUGAAUGCAUUAGCUCCACCGCCUCCACCGUUGCCUCCAGCACCUCCGCCGUCUCCGGCACCAUCAUCGUCGCUUCCACCGCCGAUUGUCUCCGGAAGUCAAGGAAUUCCUUCGACUGGGAUCCCUUCCAGCAAUCCGAUGGCCAUGGGCCAUCAUCCUUCGGGAACGAGUCUUAUCAACUUCAAUCUCAGCACAAUCUUUCCUGAGAUGAAUGAUAAGAAUUGUUAUAAGUCUUCUGCAAACGAUAUUCCACCAGGAUUGGUGCAGUCUUCCAGCCACGCGCCUACAAGUUACCCCCAGCGAUCUAGUUACACAAAUUCUCUGGUUCAUAUGACACAGGUUUCUGAGGCAAUGCAGUUCACCAGUGAUGUUCCACGGCCUCCGUUAUCAGGUGUCGUUCAUUACAAAAAUCCUUGACGAACAACUCAAAAGUUUCGAAAUUGUAGAACCAAAAAAAACUAUGAAUCUUACACACGCUGAAAACACAAUGGUGCUCAAUGCUUGUAUAAAUGUACAUAAUGAAAUAAUUAAUUUAAUACUGUUAUUAAAAAUAAUGUUAUAUGACUGCA